GCAAGCUAUAUAUAAUACAUAGCCUGCAAUUGUAAAAAUAUCACUACAAUUGACAGCAUUAGAGUCCUUGGUGUCAUGGCAUGGGGACAGUCACUACAAAAUUGCAAUGAUGCCUGACAGCAAAGAAUACCUCUUCUAUUGUUGUGUUCCUCAGUCAACCAGCCCUGGCUCUCUCAUUCAGAUAAUUUCAGUCAUGCAAGAUAGUGGGAUUGGUUAAGCCACGCCUUGUUUGGCUGUGAAUAAAAACACACUGGAGCAAAUAAAGUUCAAAGUAGCUUUACAGCUCUGGGUCACAUUUCAGCUCAGCUAAGUGUAUAAAAAGCACACAAUGCCUAGCUGUUUGGCAGAAAGACUCUUGCACUACAGCAGCAUAGUUCUGCAUAUAAUAUCCUGACGCAGUGAGUGCACUGCUCAGGAAACCCUCAAGGCAGUGGGCAUGGCUAGUCAGGCCUCACCUGAGAAGUCUAGAAAAUGCCGGUGUGAGACAAGUCAUCCACAGAGCAUCCUUUACCAGAUCCUUAACAAAGAAGAGCAGGAUGAGACCAGAUGGCAUCCCCAGUACUACCAUCCUUGCUACUCGAUAUCAAGUGCUGGCUGUCCCUGCGAGGGCAACAGGAAAGUUGUCCUCAGAACUCCAGAAGUGACCUGCAUGAGAGCUUCUGAAGUGCUCUUAAAGACUAUAACUUUUAUAAGAAACUUGCCUUCUUUUUAUCAUUUGCCCCAGGAGGAUCAGGCACUUCUAGUACAACAGUGCUGGGCCCCUCUCUUCGUCUUGGGCCUGGCACAGGAGUGGGUGAAUUUUGAACUGAAAGAGAUUUCAGUCCCUAGUUUGUUGAAAAAAAUCCUUCUCAAUCAGUCUCUGACAGAUAGUGACAAAGUGGAGAACUCCUCCCUGGGAGCAUCAUUAGCAGACGUUCAGAAGAUGAAGAAUUUCCUGGAGAAGUUCUGGAAUGCGGACAUAUGUGCAAAAGAAUAUGCCUAUCUGAAAGGAAUUAUUCUCUUUAAUCCUGAACUGCCUGGCCUAAGAUUUCGUCACUAUGUGCAAACCCUCCAGCAGGAAGCCCAGCGCACUCUGAUGGAAUUUAGCUCAAUGAUGUACAACAGAAACCUCGGCAGAUUUGCUUGGAUUCUUGGGCUGCUCGCCAGCCUCAAAGCCGUUAAUGCCGAGACUAUUGCAGAUCUCUUCUUCAGACCUAUUUUAGGAGAGGUCAACCUAAAUGAAUUACUUCUAGAAACCCUGUAUUUCAAGCAAGACUUACUUUAAAAACAAAACACCUUUUUGUGUUCCUAAAUAACAACAACAACAACAACAACAACAAAGAUUUAAGAGGGGGGAAAGUUUUAUGGUCAAUAUAUUAAAGGUAAACAUAGAUUUAAAAAUUGACUAACAUAACAUUACUAUUUUUUUUUUGUAAAACUAAAUGUA